UACGUUUACAACAUUAGAUAGGUUUAGGGUUUUUUUUUUGGAUCUUCUUCGCGCCAUCAGUACCCUACAACACUCCCUGCAGCUGCAACAUCUUCCAGCAGAAUCGCCAUGGCUUCAGAGAAGAAACUGAGCAAUCCCAUGAGGGAAAUCAAGGUUCAGAAACUUGUCCUCAACAUCUCCGUCGGUGAGAGUGGAGAUCGACUCACCAGAGCUGCAAAGGUGUUGGAGCAACUUAGUGGCCAAUCACCUGUUUUCUCCAAGGCAAGGUACACUGUGAGGUCCUUCGGAAUCAGGCGUAAUGAAAAGAUAGCUUGCUAUGUGACUGUCAGAGGGGAGAAAGCCAUGCAGCUACUUGAGAGUGGAUUGAAAGUCAAGGAAUAUGAGUUGUUGAGAAGGAACUUCAGUGAAACCGGCUGUUUUGGGUUUGGUAUUCAGGAGCACAUUGAUCUUGGAAUCAAAUAUGACCCUUCAACUGGUAUUUAUGGUAUGGAUUUCUAUGUUGUAUUGGAGCGCCCUGGAUACCGUGUUGCUCGUCGUCGUAGGUGCAAGUCUCGAGUUGGGAUCCAGCACAGGGUCACAAAGGAGGACGCAAUGAAGUGGUUCCAGGUCAAAUAUGAAGGUGUUAUUCUUAACAAGUCCUCAAACAUUCAGUGAUAAGCUGAGAGCCGGCUUCUGGACUAGCAAGUUUACAUCUAUGUAUUUUGUAGACCUAGAGGAAAGUUUUGGAAAGUUUCUAUUAGUUGGUGUAUGAGGAUGUGUAAGUUCUCAUUUUGGCUAUCAGAUGAAUUCAAUCCUUUUUUGUGGUCAUUUUCUUUUGCUGCAAUUAAAGUAGAAUCGACGAUGUAGUCUUACAACAGAUGUUAUGAAUACCUAAUUGGUUGCCUAUUGUGGUAAUGAGUUGAUCGCUGUUUGAUUGUUUUUAUUAAAUUUGCUUUGAAGAGCUUAA